AGGAAACAAAGCAUUACCAUGUGUGUUGUACACAAUAUGAACUAAAAUAAUUAACCCUCACAUGCAUAGGGGUCACUGCAGUGGACAGCUAUCUAAAAGCCACUUUCUUGUGUUUCUUGUGGAUUUUUAUGUUAUAAAUGCACCCAGAUCACUGAAAUGGACACUAGAGCAUCAUACAAUACACUAUCAACUACUGGCCAUCCAAUGCAAGUUAAAGAAAAUUUUUGAUAAAUCCAAUAUGACAGACAGACAAAAAAGCAACUCAGGAAUAUCCAGUCCCUCCUUCCACUGUAGACGACUCUUGCAGGUAAAAAAAAAAUAUUGUGGCAUCAAGUAACCCCUAAAGACCAAUACUACUGAUGUACACUGCCUGGCCAAAAACAAAGUCGCCACCUGGAUUUAACUAAGCAAAUAGGUACAAGCCUCCAAGUUCUUCAAAAUAAAACAACAGUUUCUCUCAGAAAAACCCCCCCAGCUAGACCCAAACAGGAAGUGCAGCAUGUCACAAAACACACGAAUAAAAAAUAUGCCGUUUUUCAAAAUAAAAGCAUACGUUGACUACUAAGUGUCACUAUUGGACCAAGAAAAAAGCAGGAAAAUACAGUAUCCCGUUUCCUAAUGUCAAUUUGGUAGCAUAACUUAUUUUAUCACUCAAUUUUAAACAGUUGUAGUAACCUAGGCUAGCUACGCUGACAACAUGCUAACCAAUGUCAAAACAACAAGUUCAUGGGGGGUAACUAUGGCAACCAGUGACAGUUUAAAAGCCCUCUGACUCUUUCUGCAGUCCGCCGUGUUAAUAAAAAAUCCAUCAGACAAGCCCACUCUGAAUAUCAAAGGAAACUGUGACAUCACAAUAUAACUCCAAAGGCAGAAUUCUGACAUCACCAGCGAUUAUAUAAGCUUGUCACAUCGAUCUACUUUCAUCACAGCCGUUUAGCAGCCGUUGUUGAUACGUUUCUCUUGAGAAUUUAUUUAGCAGUUCGCAGUAAGAUUUUCAGCUUUGCUUGGUGCACAUUUCUUUGGAGAUUGACAUCAAGUUUAACGUGAAAUCUUUACUGAGUUUAUAGAGAAGUGAUUUUAGCUGAAACAAGCAAAGGUUAUAAUGGAGUCCAACCAGCCUAGAGUCGAAGAGGUUGCAUCCAACAACAUUGUCGAGAGGGAAUUACAGCCACCCAAGCCACCCAAGCGUAAGAAGAAGAAGGUGUCAUUUGCAGUCUGGUUGGAGCUGUACGCACCUGAGGAGCUAAAGACUUCUGCUGAAAAUAUCAAACAGCAGGACGCUUCAGUGGUGAUCGAAAAUGAAUCCAUCGCCAAAGCACAGGAGACAGUAGAUCAAAAAGGGGACAGACCGACACCAGAGAGUGAGUCCAAUGAGAAGAGCCAGGUACCAUUUAAAACCUGGUCGGAGGAACACGUCCCCAUUGACCAGGCGAUUUCUGCAGGAAAUAUUGAAAAGCAGAACAAUUCACUGGUCAGUGAAGAAGAGUCCACCGCUGGAGUGCAGGAGACAAUAGAUAUAGCAGAGAAGGAACAGCCCUCUAAGUCUAAGGAACAGCCACCAAGGACAAGGCGCAACAGGAAGAAAAUGAUACCAUUUCAUAUCUGGUUGGAGAAACAUGCCCCUGCUGAUCUAAAGAUUUCAGCUGAAAGUACUGGAAUGGAAGAGGUUUCACUGGAUACCAAACAGGAAUCGAUCCCCGUACUGAAGGAGAUUCCAGAGAAGGAACAACCCUCUAGGUCUGGUGCUGAAAAUGUUAUAAAGCAGGACACUUCUCUGCCUAAAGAAGAAGGUGAUCAGGAAGAUUCCUUAAAGAAGGAGAUUUGCGAAGAGGAACCUGUGAUUUCUACAACACAGUUGGUCGGCGAAAAGAAAUCCAUCCCCAAAUCACAGGAGACAGUGGAUCAAGAAGAGGACAGACCGACACCAGAGAGUGAGUCCAAUGAGAAGAGCCAGGUACCAUUUAAAACCUGGUCGGAGGAACACGUCCCCAUUGACCAGGCGAUUUCUGCAGGAAAUACUGAAAAGCAGAACGAUUCACUGGUCAGUGAAGAAGAGUCCACCGCUGGCGUGCAGGAGACAAUAGAUAUAGCAGAGAAGGAACAGCCCUCUAAGUCUAAGGAACAGCCACCAAGGACAAGGCGCAACAGGAAGAAAAUGAUACCAUUUCAUAUCUGGUUGGAGAAACAUGCCCCUGCUGAUCUAAAGAUUCCAGCUGAAAGUACUGGAAUGGAAGAGGUUUCACUGGAUACCAAACAGGAAUCCGUACUGCAGGAGAUUCCAGAGAAGGAACAACCCUCUAGGUCUGGUGCUGAAAAUGUUAUAAAGCAGGACACUUCUCUGCCUAAAGAAGAAGGUGAUCAGGAAGAUUCCUUAAAGAAGGAGAUUUGCGAAGAGGAACCUGUGAUUUCUACAACACAGCUGGUCGGCGAAAAGAAAUCCAUCUACAAAUCACAGGAGACAGUGGAUCAAGAAGAGGACAGACCGACACCAGAGAGUGAGUCCAAUGAGAAGAGCCAGGUACCAUUUAAAACCUGGUCGGAGGAACACGUCCCCAUUGACCAGGCGAUUUCUGCAGGAAAUAUUGAAAAGCAGAACAAUUCACUGGUCAGUGAAGAAGAGUCCACCGCUGGAGUGCAGGAGACAAUAGAUAUAGCAGAGAAGGAACAGCCCUCUAAGUCUAAGGAACAGCCACCAAGGACAAGGCGCAACCGGAAGAAAAUGAUACCAUUUCAUAUCUGGUUGGAGAAACAUGCCUCUGCUGAUCUAAAGAUUUCAGCUGAAAGUACUGGAAUGGAAGAGGUUUCACUGGAUACCAAACAGGAAUCGAUCCCCGUACUGAAGGAGAUUCCAGAGAAGGAACAACCCUCUAGGUCGGGUGCUGAAAAUGUUAUAAAGCAGGACACUUCUCUGCCUAAAGAAGAAGGUGAUCAGGAAGAUUCCUUAAAGAAGGAGAUUUGCGAAGAGGAACCUGUGAUUUCUACAACACAGUUGGUCGGCGAAAAGAAAUCCAUCCCCAAAUCACAGGAGACAGUGGAUCAAGAAGAGGACAGACCGACACCAGAGAGUGAGUCCAAUGAGAAGAGCCAGGUACCAUUUAAAACCUGGUCGGAGGAACACGUCCCCAUUGACCAGGCGAUUUCUGCAGGAAAUACUGAAAAGCAGAACAAUUCACUGGUCAGUGAAGAAGAGUCCACCGCUGGCGUGCAGGAGACAAUAGAUAUAGCAGAGAAGGAACAGCCCUCUAAGUCUAAGCAACAGCCACCAAUGACAAGGCGCAACCGGAAGAAAAUGAUACCAUUUCAUAUCUGGUUGGAGAAACAUGCCCCUGCUGAUCUAAAGAUUUCAGCUGAAAGUACUGGAAUGGAAGAUGUUACUCUGGAUACCAAACAGGAAUCGAUCCCCGUACUGCAGGAGAUUCCAGAGAAGGAACAACCCUCUAAGUCUGGUGCUGAAAAUGUUAUAAAGCAGGACACUUCUCUGCCUAAAGAAGAAGGUGAUCAGGAAGAUUCCUUAAAGAAGGAGAUUUGCGGAGAGGAACCUGUGAUUUCUACAACACAGCUGGUCGGCGAAAAGAAAUCCAUCUCCAAAUCACAGGAGACAGUGGAUCAAAAAGAGGAAAAACAAACAUUGAAGACAAAGCGCAUCAAGAAGACUCCACUGUUAUGGAAAUCUUUCCCAGAAUCAGAUGCUUGCAUAGACCUUGCAUUUUUUACUGAAAACAAUGACAUCAAUAAUGGUCCUCUGCCGGAAAAACAAAAUGAUCAGGCAGCUUUGCCCAGCACCGAAAAUAAGACAUUUUGGAAGAUGCUCCCCAAGUCAGAACCUCGCAUAGAUGUAAGUUUUUUUGCUGAGAAUAUUGAAAAACAAAAUGUUUCAAUGCCAGCACCGGAGCAUGAUGAAGCAGCUUCCUUGAAAAAGGAAAGUUAUUCCAAGAAGACAGUGAUUUCUACAACACAGAUAGCCACCAAAAAGGAAUCCAUCUUCAAUCCGCAGGAGACACUCGAUCAAAAAGGGGAGAAAUAUCCAUCUACGGUUAAGCCCAAGGACAACAUCCAAACAGAGAGUUUAACUGAGGUUCUUAAUAAUCUAACAGCAGAAAAUGUUCAACUAGAGUGUUUACCUGAAAUUCAGAAUUUGCCCCACUCUUCUGAAAACACAAGUCAGGCAAAGUGCAAGUGUCUUGUCAAAUCUAAGGAGUCUGAAUUGGAAAAUAUCGAAGUACAGAAAUAUUUAAUGAAACAGCUUGAGGAGAUGUUCGAUAUAAAUCAGAAACUAAAUGCUAAACUUAAACAGCAGAAAGAUCUGAUGAGGAAAAGACUCUCAGAAAGAAAACAAAGCAACAAUUCAAUAGUUUCUGUUCAAACCCAGACAGAUUACCAAGACAGCCCAAAGCAGAAAACAGUCAGUUAUCAAUCUGCUUCAAUACAAACGGAGAUGGAUGUACAAGAAAACAGCUAUCAAUUAAAACCAGUCCGUCACACGAUUUCAACGCAAACUGAGAUGGAUGUGUUGGAAACCAGAUGUCAAUUCAAACCAGAUUAUCAAACAAUUUCAACACAAACUGAGCUCUUUUUAUUGCUAAGAAAACAGGCCUCUGAAACACAACUGAAUGGGAAUCAGGAUCGGCAGACCAAGCUAUUCAAAAGAUCUGCAGGUAAGAGCAGGAGAGAGUCGGCAAUGAAAGCUGCCUCUGAACAGGAGGCCCUCGGUAAUGAAAAGGUUUCUGGAGCAAACAGUGAAAAACAAGACAUUUCAGUACCAGAAGUAAUUGGGGAUCAGACAGCUACCAGCAAAAAUGAUAUUCACGCAAAUGAAAUUGGGAAACCACAGGAGGCGAUCAAAGAAGAGACGGUCUCUAAAAUGCAACAAAAUGGGGACCAUCAAGAUGAGAAAAAGCCAUCAAAGAAAUCUAACCGUAAGAACAAGAGAAAGUCAACAAUGAGAGCAGCCUCUGAGCUGGAGACCCUCAAUAAUGAUAAAGUAUCUGGAGAAAACAAUGAACAACUAGAAGUUUCUAUACCAGAAACAGUUGAGGAUCAGACAGGCACCAUUAAAAACGAGAUUCAUACAAAAGAAACAGUGAUCUCUAAAGUACAGCAGAUCACUGAAAAAGAAAUGGUCUCUGAGACCCAACAAAAUGGGAACCAGCAAGAAGAGAAAAAGCCAUCAAAGAAAUCUAACCAUAAGAACAAGAGAAAGUCAGCAAUGAGAGCAGCCUCUGAAUUGAAAGCUAUCAGUAAUGAAAACAUUUCUGGAGAAAAAAGUGAACAAGAAGUUUCGAUACCAGAAAUAGUUGGGGAUCAGACAGCUACCAUUGUAAUAGAGAUUCAUAGAAAUGAAACGGUGACUGGUAAACCACAGCAGAUUACUGAAGAAGAAUCAGUCUCCACAGCACAAAAAAACUUUGACCAGCAAGAUGAGAAAAAGCCAUCAAAGAAAUUUAACCGUAAGAACAAGAGAAAGGCAGCAAUAAAAGCAGCCUCUGAGCCGGAGACCCUCAACACUGACAAAGUAUCUGGAGAAAGCAGUGAACAACUAGAAGUUUCUAUACCAGGAACGGUUGGGGAUCGGAAAGCUAUAAUCAAAAAUGAGAUUCAUAUGAUUGAAACAGUCAUUGGUAAACUUGAGCAGGCGAUCAAAGAAGCAACAGUCUCUGAGACCCAACAAAAUGGGGACCAUCAUGAUGAGAAAAAGCCAAUAAAGAAAUCUAAACGUAAGAACAAGAGAAAGGCUGCCUCUGAGCUGGAGACCCUCAAUAAAGAAAACAUUUCUGGAAAAAACAUUGAACAAGAAGAAGUUUCUAUAGCAGAAACUGUUGGGGAUCAGACAGCUGCCAUCAUAAAUUACAUUGAUAUGAUUGAAACAGUUAUCUCUAGACCCCAGCAAAUCUCAGAAGAGCUAAUCAUCUCCAAAACACAACAAAAUGGGGAUAAUGAAGUGAAGAAAAGGUCAUCAAAGAAAUCAAAACGUAAGAACAAGAGAAAGUUAGCAAUGAAAGCUGAUUCUGAAUUGAAAGCUGUCAGUAAUGAAAGCAUUUCUGGAGAAAACACAGAACAAGUUUCAAUACAGAAAAUAGUUGGGGAUCAGACAGCUACCAUCAUAACAGAAAUUCAUAGGAAUGAAACAGUCAUUGGCAAACUGCAGCAGGCGACUGAAGACGAAACGAUCCCUGAAACACAACAAAUUUUGGACCAGCCAGAUGAGAAAGGGCCAUUGGCUAAAUCUAAAUGUAAGAAAAAGAGAAAGAUGGCAAUGAAACCUGAACUGGAAAACAUUAUAAACCCAACAGAGACAGUCCAAAACAUUAAGACACCAAAAAUUGAUUUUGAAAUAAUACCAGAGAUCCCCCAGAUGGCUUUUGAGCAAAUACAGACAAAUCCUUGCAAAGUUUCAGAAGAUGUAUCAGGUAAGGUUCCCAUAGUUUCCACAGAAGGGGACAGUGGUCUAAUGGAAAAACAGAGAACAUCCAAUCCACAGAUAAAGGUUACAGCAAAAGAAGAUGUAAUCCAAACAACAUCUCAGGAAUUAGACACUCAAGCAGCAGAAGAGUCAGCUGAACAGAACGAUAUCGCUGAACAAGAAGAGAGCCCCAGAAAAAAGAUUUCACUGUGGAAGCGUCUCAAAAAGGCUUUAUCUCCAACAUCUCUGUGCAAGUUCAAAGACAGAUGUAAAGUUCAUCCAGCAUAGACAUCACUUUAUGUCUCUAGUAUAUUAGAUUUAAAAGGGAGGUGGGGCCACGUGUGGGUUGGGUGAUUGGCGGUAAUUGGAAAAAGAGCUACUGUUGUUGUUAAUUGGACAUUUUAAUAUUAAAAAGCCAGGACUGCACGGUGGGAAACGUCUCCCCGUGUAGGUGUGGGUUCACUCCGGGUGCUCCGGCUUCCCCCACGUUCAACAACAUCAGUACUCAUGUUCAUCCAGUGUAAGAUUUUUAUUUCUAAUUCUAAACAGAAAAUAAGACAACCACAUUUAUUAAUUAAAGGGAGAUUUGGGGAAAAAAAAUUUAAACAACGUGCAACAGAAAGAGCCUA